AUGCGAGGUCCUCGGAGCUGUCCCGUUGAAUACUGCCGCAGCUUGGUCUCGAUGUUGGCAGGACAUGAGGCUUUCGGAAUGGGGUUGUGGGGUCGGAGCUUGUUCUUCCAAGGUCUGGCUGAGGACCGUGCGGCUAGGGACCUCGAACGCCGUCUCUGGGAUAGCGAUGACAUGAAAGUUCUUGAGUGGUUUGAAAGGCAGGUCAUUUACGCUCAAGGACCAUCAGUUGGUGCUGUCGUAACCCACGGAAUGGUGGAGGAAUAUGAGCAGCGGAGUGAAACGAGUUUUACGGCUGUUCUUGAAUGGCUGGUUCCUCGAUUUUGGUCCGAGUCUAAAAACUCGGAUCGCGCCAGCGCAGUAGUCUCUCGUUUGAGAGAAGCCUACAAGGCGAGUGUCUUGCCUGAGUCUUGGUUCGCCUGUCAGCCCGAGUCCCUUCCCUCUUGGGCUCCCCGGAGCAUCUUUCAGGGUGGCCUAAGAUCAGCUGCGACUGUGGCGUACUGGGCCUACUACUUGGAUACGAGGGACGCUAUGUCACCGGAGCAACGAUUGUGGAAUCUCUCCAUACUGGCGCGCUGGUCUCCGGCACAGGCUUUGAUUCAUGCGUUUUCGGACAUGAAGGAGCAUUUCCAAUCCAUUAGGGACGACAGAGAGGAUCAUCCGACAGCCGUAAUAAAGCAAGCGCUGGGACUCUGGUGUAAGCACAAUGGCGUUGAUUUCGGAGGAGCCACAAGCCGGCGUGUGACUAACGAUUUGCAGGACCUCGCGCGACAGCUAACAAUCAUUCGUAAUGGACCGGUUGAUUCGGCCAUGGAUCUUUACGAAUCCCGACUAGGAAAAUGGGUUAAAUUAGCGGCAUUGGAAAUAGCGACGAGCAAGCAUCAUUACUGUAGUUUCUUGUAUCGCAGGUACCGAGACAGCAUGAUCUCUACUUAUUUCGCGGACUUGAUCCAUUGGAAAGUACCAGAGUCCAAAAAGCGCUUUCCUGUAGCUUGCCCUUUCCCCUUUAGCUUCAGCCGUGUGGGGCAUACCUGGCUGCGUUACGCCGUACGUCUGGAGGAACAAUUCGUGCGUCGUUUGAUACACCUGCUUAUCGAGGAACAUGUUGUCGAGACUGGUCAUACACAUGAAGCCAUAGUCUGGGAAUUGUGUUACCAAAAGUCGUUCCGCUUUUCGGCGCCGAAAGAUAAGUUCAACCAGCUGUAUGAUAGGGCUCUUAAUGAUGCAAUAGUGCAGGUGUCAAUUGAACGGGCAUUCGACCGAGCUUGGAAGUUAGGCUGUGCUGCAAUUACAACAAUGUACGACGUAUCCGCAGUAACCAAUGCACCCCUCCUUGCGCAGUUUCCAGCCCUGGAGCGUACAACCCCAGAGUCAUUUACUUCUCAGCCUUGA